GGGAUGAUGAAGAUUUGGAUGACAUUAUCGAAGUACCCAGAAUUGAUGCGGAUGAAAGGGAUUGGGAUAAUGGAAGGGAUGCUGACCUUGAGGUGGAUGACAUGCAUGCAUAUUCGCAGGAAGCAGAUAAUAGAAUUAAAGAUAAGUUAGUAGGUCAUUCCCGAGGAAGAGAGAAGGCAGAACAAAUAACAGUUGAUAUAUUUCUGUUGGCGAUGAGUAAAAUUGAAAUGAAGAUGGAAAGAAAUUUUUCUGCUCUACAUAGAGAAAUAGAGGAGUGUGAUUUAUUGAAUAAAGCAUGGCCCAAGGUUAGCUUGUCAAAGCCACAUGAUCAACACGAGUAUGAUUUCUUGGCGAAAAUUGGCAAACAUUUGGACAAAGCAAUAAAAGUAGUACCAACGGCUAAUAAAAAAGACUUUGAUGGUGUUAGAGAUGAAAUCGAAGCCCGGACAGCUACACUAAGUCAAAAUAAGUCUAGUAAGUCAUAUAGGCAUAAGAGAAAAAGAUAUUCUUCACCUUCGUCUGAUUCAGAAAGAGAUGAAAGUCAUAAGGGUAAAAGGAGAUAUGAUAUGAUAGAAGCUUUCAAUUCUUUCGUGACAGAGGAACCUUUAGGUUUCCAGAACGUAAAGGAGUCUUUAACUGCUUCUUCUGUUUCGAUGUAUUUGUGA